AUAUUCAAUUGUGAUGAAACGGGUUUAUUUUUUCGAGCACUUCCUGAUAAAACAUUAUGUUUAAAAAACGAAAUUUGUCGUGGAGGUAAAAAAGCUAAAGAUCGUUUAACUAUUUUAUUAUGUGUAAAUAUGAUCGGGGAAUUUGAAACUCCAUUAAUAAUUAAAAAAUCACUAAAACCACGUUGUUUCAUAAGUAUAAAUGUAUCAACGUUAUGUGUUAAUUGGAAUGCUAACCGUAAAGCAUGGAUGAAUCGAGAUUUAAUGACAGACUGGCUAAUGUGUUUUAACAGAAAAAUGGAGAUGGAAAAUAGAAAAAUUAUUUUAUUUUUAGAUAACGCUAGCAUACAUCCUGAUACAUUAAACUUAAAAAAUAUAAAACUAAUAUUCCUACCUCCAAAUACAACUUCGAUUUGGCAACCACUACAUCAAGGAAUAAUUCAAAAUUUUAAAGUUCAUUAUCGCCAACGAUUACUUCGUCAUAUUUUAUCUAAAAUUGAUCAGAAUGUAGAAAACAAAUCUAUAAACGUUUUAGAUGCAUUUUUUUGGAUAAAGUCCGCAUUAAAGAAUAUAAAACCAAAGAUAGUCAAAAAUUGUUUUAAAAAGUCGGGAUUUUUUUCGUCCGAUACAGCAAAGUAUGUAAUGGAACAUGACAAUGUUACAAAUUUGAACAUAUUCUCAGAACUUGUACCGAGUAGGGGAGAAUGGAGGAAUGGCAGUCACCUAAGCAAGAAUAUCGAUUUCCGGCAAACGGUUAAUUCAAAACACUAUUAA